UUCCUUCAGAGGAGUGUUUUUCUGGAGCCGUUUUGACGUUAUGUGUAGCUAACCGACAGGAAAACGGCUAACUGGGAGGUUCUGUUCGACCCGUUCCGUCACAAGGCCUCAGUCAGCAGACCGUCCUGCUGGUCAGCCUCACGUCUCCCAUUACCGCCGCAAGAUAACUCAGUUAAAUCGGCUCACUGGCUCUCUGUCUCUCUGUCUCUCUGUCUCUCUGUCUCUGCUGCUGACUUUCUCUCAUUAUCUGCUGACUCUCUCUGCUCCCUGCUGACUUUCAGCCGUUCAUUUUCUCUGACUUCCUUCUUUGCAUGUGAGUGCAGUGACAAAAUGAUUACAGAAUAACUUAUAACAAGGCAAGAAAAUCUUCGGCUAAUUAUACUAGUAAUAAUGACAAUUAUAAAUAGCAUCAGAAUAAUUACCAACUCCUUUUCAAUGUACACCUAUAAAUUCUUCUUAAUCUGUGUUGUAACAAUACAUAAAAUGUAAAAAAAGAAAUGAUGAUAAUUAUAGUAAGAUAACAAUAAUAAGCUAAUCAAGUUAACAUAAACACAGAAGAAAGAAGAAUAUUUAAAAGAACAAUAAAUGAUAUACUCAUUCUCAGUUAUAUACACAUUUUUACCCAAAACUUUAACUUUAUUUUGAAAUUUGACUCCCUUUCAUAACGUUUCAGAAACUUUUCAUCUGUAUUUUCUUAUUUCUAAAUGGCACUGAAGAACUUUCAUUGUCUAAAUUUUAAAAAUGUUGAGACAACUUUUGGUUAUUUCCUUGAUUGCUUCAUUUUUAAGUUUUUGUCACUCUUUUCUGUUCAUGUAAGUGCAACAGGGUUUUAUUUUAACAACAUUAUAGACGUAAAGUUUGUCAAAAUUGGUUUAUUUAUUCUUAGAAUAUAUUUUGCUUAGUCAUGAAGUUGUUUCUCCAGAAUUUUUGUUGAUAUUUUUUAAGUUCUGUGGCGUUGCUCUUGACGGUUGGUGGUUACCAUAGUAACCAGUAGCCGGAAGCUCCGCCCCCUUUUUUCUGUUGCCGAUCUGUUACUGCUAGAAUCAGCUCGAUGUUUUCUUUACAAAUAUUAUAGUUUAAUACAUAUUUUAGACAAAUUUAAUCAUAUGCAGUUUUUCAUGAGUAAUUUUGCUGUGUUUUGUUUGUGUGUUUUUUAACUGUUAUCAUUAUUAAAGUUGUCCAUUUUAGCUAUGUUUAAAUUUAAAAAUGCUAACUACUGCUAGCUGCCCAUUGGGAGCCAUUGCUUUGUAGUUUAUUUAGGGUUAUUUAUUAUAUUUUAUUUAAUGUGUAAGGGCAGAAGUUGCUGGACUGAUGUUAACCACUAACUUGAUUUUCUCUUUUGUUAGAAAAAAAUAUAAUAAACCUGAAUGUUUGUGUCGUGAAGUCAACCUGAGACGGUUACAUAAGUAUCCAAACUUUACUCGUACAUCUUGAUUUUUAACAUGUUUUCAGCAUGUCAGCCAUUUGCAAUUACCUCCAAAUUAAAUUAGAAACUCCCAGGAGGAGAGGCUCACUCCCAGAGUCCCAAACUGGACAAAACGGACAAGAGUGAGGAAAAGCUCAGGUGACAGAAACACUGGACAGAAGACAGAAACCUUUCAUCAGAUUAAUGAGAAUAUAAAAAAGAAGUGAGCAAAAUUAAACUAGAAAUCAAAUUAGGGAAUGAGCCGGAGGUCGCUUCAGAUCAAACUGUUAUAGUUGUAGCAUCCAGGGAAGAGGUUCCUUCAGCUGCUGUUGGAGAACCGAGCAGAGGGACUUUAAGGAAGCAUCAUGACUCGUUUACAUCUCCUAAUUGGACUCCUGAGUGGUCUUCACCUGGCAGGCUGUUUGCAGUGUUACACCUGUGUGUUUCCUGCCAUUUCUCCCAUGGACUGCCUGAAGUUUCCUCUGGAGUGUCCUGCAGGACAGCGCUGCCUGUCCAGUGUGGCGACAGGAAGACGAGGCGGCWUUCAGCUGACGAUAUACGAGAAGAGUUGUGCCGUCCCGACGCAGUGCGGCUUGGCCGGACAGAAGUACACCUCAGGGGUGUACUUUAACUACACCAACGACUGCUGCGACACGGAUCUUUGCAACGCAGCCGGGUCUGUUGGAGCCCUCGGCCUGAGAGGAGCGCUGCUCUGCCUGCUGCCUGCACUCGGCCUCCUGCUGGUCUGAUCAGAACCAUCAGAACCACGGACCGCCUCUGCCUCCCAAUGGCUCUUUAGGAAAGAAUGGCUGAGAUGUUAAAGGAAAAUUCAGUUUUAGUUCAUCACAAGUUGCACCAUCAGUAAUAUUUGUUAUCCAGCAGCUCCUCUAGAAGAUAUUUAAGUGGAAUAAAAGUGGAAAAGGUUUCUAUUGAAAAAUGUUAAUCCAGAAAGAGUGUUGAAAAUAAUUAAAUGUAACUUUUCCUGAC